AUGCUUCUCCAUUGUGCCUCUUUUUUGCACUGCUUCCCUCUCCUUGUUGAUAACUCUGGCACGAUCGAGCGCGACGAGUUCCUUUCCCUCCCGCAAAUCUCAUCCAACCCGCUGGCAACGCGCAUGAUUGCCAUUUUCGACGAGGACGGCGGCGGCGAUGUGGACUUCCAGGAAUUCGUGUCGGGCCUGAGCGCCUUUAGCUCCAAGGGUAACAAGGAGCAAAAGCUGCGGUUCGCCUUCAAGGUCUACGACAUUGACCGCGACGGCUACAUUAGCAACGGCGAGCUCUUCAUUGUCCUCAAGAUGAUGGUCGGCUCCAACCUCAAGGACCAGCAGCUCCAGCAGAUUGUCGACAAGACCAUCAUGGAGGCGGACCUGGACAAGGACGGCAAGAUUAGCUUUGAAGAGUUUACCAAGAUGGUUGAGAACACGGACGUCAGCAUGAGCAUGACAUUAGAUCAGUUCUAG